AUGUCCGAUCAUUAUCAAGAUUUCUACGAGCGUGUGCCGAAGUAUGGAAUGCACGACAGCGGUAAUCGCCUUCAGGCUGAACAUAUUAAAUAUUGUAACCCUAUCGAGUUCCAUUCCUGUAAUGGCUAUAUCGGUGCAGCUGGUCUCAUAUUUAAAUGUAUAAUCGUGCGCCGCCCAAUGGCCACAUUAGCCCGUCCCGACCCCACGGCCCACAGCCGACCCCAGCAGAGGCUGAGACUCGAAUUAGCCUCCUCUAUUUUAAUGGCUGAUUUUCUAGCUCACGAAGCCGCUGCAAACGUCCGCGCUUACGCCACUUAA